AUUUUGAUCAUACGAGAAUAAGAUAUCGAAGUUCGAUUCCUUGUUGCCAGUGCGUUCGUUUAUUUGUUCGUUCGCUUACUCUAUCGGUAAAAAAGAUUAAGAUCUCUGUCCUUCGCGAGAUGAGACAGAAAAAGGAAGAGCUAAAGUGGGGAAGAGAAGACGAAAAGAGAGAUCGAGUUAGAGAAGAAGUAUAUACGAGCAUCACUUCAUCGUGAUCACUCGCGUCGCGAGGUCGGCUGAGUGUGCACGUAUUCGUAUUUCUCGUUAUUAUUUCAUCCUUAUUACGGCUUCUUUGGCCGACAGCUCGUGGGUGUGUACAUCGGUGUCUCUCUCUUUAUCCACGAAUUUCAUUAACUAGACGAACAGAAAGAAGUAGAAAAGAGAAGGAUAGAAUAAAAGAGAAGAGAAACUCACAGAGUUCUUCAAAAAUUUUCUGCGAUCAUGGCCGGAUAUGCUUGGGUAACAUUGGCCACAAACGAUGCCUAUUCUUUGGGAGCAUUGGUAUUGGCGCAUUCUUUGCGCCGAGUUGAUACCAAAUACGAGCUAGCAGUUUUAGUCACUCCAGGAGUUACGAGUAUGAUGAGAGAAAAAUUGGCAGCCGUAUUCAAUUUGGUACAGGAAGUAAACGUUCUCGAUUCGAAAGAUGAAGCUAAUCUGGCACUUUUGGCAAGGCCAGAGUUGGGUAUCACAUUUACGAAAUUACAUUGUUGGAGGCUAACUCAAUAUGAAAAAUGCGUGUUUGUAGACGCUGAUACGCUUGUCGUAAGAAACUGUGACGAGUUAUUCGAACGUGAAGAAUUAUCAGCUGCUCACGACAUUGGCUGGCCAGAUUGUUUUAAUUCCGGUGUAUUCGUGUUUAGACCGUCUCAACAAACGUUCGCUUCUAUUACUGCCUUUGCAGCAGCUAAGGGUUCUUUUGAUGGGGGCGAUCAAGGCUUAUUAAAUAUGUACUUUCAUGAUUGGGCACGAAAGGACAUAUCGAAACAUUUACCAUUCAUCUACAAUAUGUGCUCUACGGCAGCCUAUUCUUAUCUUCCCGCUUUUAAACAAUUUGGCGAGGAUGUUAGAAUAAUACACUUCAUCGGAAUCACAAAACCAUGGUUACAGUAUUUUGAUACUUUGACUGGUAUCGUACAGCCACCAUCAGGUAUGAACCAUUUGCAACCAUUGCUGCAAUUGUGGUGGAAUAUCUUUUGCGACAAAGUGCAUCCGCAGUUAUCACCUGUUAUGGCAACCAGCACAUUGGCACCAAUUUGGCACGAUAUUACUCCUUUAUCUUUCGUAUCCUUUAUUCCAUCAAACAAUCCUAUUUACAAUGACACGAACUAUAAAUCAUCGUACAGUGACGUUUGCUCAAAAACACCAGACUUCUCAGAAUUUCAAGAUCCUUGGGAAAAUUAUUCUUGGAAAAAAACUGAAACUGUCUUCAUGGAUAAGAAUAAAGAAAGCACUGAAAAUGUUCAAUACUUUUACGAUAAUAAUCAAAUAUCUGAAUUUCCGUUAAGUGGAAAUCAUCAUCAUUGCGUGUACGAAGAAACCGUGGAUCAUAGUUACCACAAGCCACCUUCUCAAGAUUCUAAUCAAUUUCAUCCUGUUAAUUACGAUGAAUGUUCGACUAAUCUACAUUCCGUAGAGUAUAACAGAAAUGAUGGGAAUGUAUUAUCAAUCAGCGAGCAUAAGAAACAUGAUGAUUUAACUCAUUUAUAUUCGAAAGAUAAUUAUGAACAAAAUUAUUCUAGAGAAUCAGAACAACAUCAUUGGAAAAGUGAUGAUCAAUAUCAACAUACGUCACGCAUACACACUGAUGUGCACCAACAUGUUCAAGAACGGCACGAGCAAGAACAACAUCAGCAUCAUUUGGAAUUUCGAUAUGAAACUAAUGAAAAUGAUCAGAAAUUCACAUCUGACAAUAGUCAUGUUGAUUUUCAUAUUAAACAUGAAAUUCAUAAUCAACACGCAUAUCAUAUUAAUCAACAACAAGAAUCUAAUACCUCACAUCAUCAACAGCAACAACAACAUUAUCACGAACAAAAAGAAUCAAAUCAGGAAGAACAAAAAGAAAGACAUUAUCAACAUAACAUACACCAGACGACAGACUUUAUUCAACCUAGUCACGACAGUACGCAUAACAGUGGACAUAAGACUACUGAGACAAUAGUUAACGAGCAAAAUAAUUAUUCUAGUAAUAUCAUAGAUAAACAGACAGACGAACAGAAAUUGAUAUCCCAUCCUUCCUCUGAACCCUGUACAGAUCUCCACAAUGUAGCAACGCAAUCUGACCUGAAUUUAACAGGACAUCUAGACAGUUCAAAUGCUGGUCUUGCUGGUGCAUUAGCUCAAAUGACAUUGGGUGAACCAAGAAGUGCAGAACAAAUUGCUUUAGAAGAACACAUGAGGAAACAAAGUUGGGAACAAGGUCAAAUUGAUUAUAUGGGUCGCGACAGUUUUGAUAAUAUAUGGAAAAAGAUUUGUGAAACACUUUCUUCAGCUUCAAGGCAACCUUCUCCGCCUAAAACAACCACUCAGGAUGAAGUAAAAACUGAUAAAACAGAAGAAACAAAUAUAACUAAAAAAGAAACCGAUUCUGUGUCUAAGUCUGAAGGCAGCGAUGAUAUUAAAAGUCCAGCAAAAGCUGAAACAACUAGUGAUCUGAGCGUAAAACAAUCUUUGAUUUGUAAUAUUCCUAAGGAUGAUAUUUCACAAAAAGAAUCUAUUGAUACAUUUGAAAUGCUUACAAAAGAUGAAUCUAUUGAUAUUGAUAAACAAAGUUCCUCCGUAUGCGAAGAAGUCGAUUCAAAAGAAUCAAAAGAAAUUUCUGAAGCAGAUGCAGAAUUAUGUUUAACACAAACUACCAAAGAAACAGAUUUACCUUCCCUAUCUUCUGAUCAAACGAUGAUUUUGAAAGAAAAUUUAUUAAUAGAUCCGAUACAAGACGUUAUUGUUAAAGAAGAAUUAAAUAGAAAAACAGUGGAAGAGGAAAACGUUGAUAUUCAAACAAAUGUAGACAAAGUAGAAGAAUCGACUAUUGAACAAGAUACAAAAUGUUCUUCUGUGUGUGCUUCUGAAAUUAUGCUUACUAAUCCUGUACCAAUACAAGUAGCGGAAUCAGUUUUACAAGCUGAGCCGAAAGAAUCUGUUUCGCAAGAUCUAAAAUUAAUAACAGAAGAAGUAAUUUCCUCUACAGUUGCACCUCUUCAAGAAUCUGUAGUAGCUUUUUCUGAAACACCAGUUGAAUUAACUAAUAGAACGCAAUUAUGCGAUUCAACUUUAUUAGUAUCAUCGAACGAAGCUGCUAAUAUAAUAAGUCCAAAUACAACUUCAACUAUAAGUCAAAAUGGAGAUACUGUUGUUAAUGGGUCAACGAUGAAAUUAGAUGAAAGCGAUUCGUUAUUAACACCAUCUGUACUCAAACAAGUAGUAGAGGAAAUUCAAAGUCCGCGAGUAGAAGAAAGCCAACCACAAAAGACUGAAAUAUUAAGUGAACAGUUGAGUCUAACGGAGAGUUCACAAAUUAAACAAGAAGAAAGAAGUGAAAAUGUUGAAACAAAGAAAGAAACAGAAGGUCAAAGUACUUCAACAGAAUCAAAGGUAGAACAACCGGAAGAUGCGCAAACAAUUGUCGAAGGAGCUGCAGCAGUAGUGGAAAAAACUUUAGAGCCUUCUUCUUUGGAGUCAACGCCAAUAGAAUGUCCAAUUAGGCCUACUAGAACAAAAGAAAUAUCUAUACCUUCUACACCAACUGUAACAGAACCUACUCCUCCAACUAGUCCUAUAGAUGUCGGUACACAAGAUGUAGAAGGCCAAGGAAAGACUGCUAAAAAAACUACAAAAAAGGUUGCUAAAAAAGCAAGUGUAGAAAGUGAUUCAGCGGAACGAGCUGAUACUGAAACUACAGAAAAGAAGACUGCAAAAAAAGUCGUUAAAAAGGUUGUGAAGAAGCCAAAAGAAAGUCAGGAAGAAGGCGGAGAAUGCUCUAGUUCUACUGAUAAACCUAAAAAGACUGGAAAAAGCACAAAGAAAAUAACAAAAUCUUCGUCAAGUUUAGAAACUGAUACAUCUAUUCCUGAAACUCCACCGCCUGAUAAUUCCGAUGUACCAGUUCCCCCAAAAAGGAAAGUUAAAACUUCUACAUCCAAUAAACCUGCAUCUACUGCUCCAAAAUCUGAUACAGGAUCAUGAUGAGCAUAACUAAUUGACAAUAAUGUUUUAAAAUAUUUGCAAAAAUUCUAUGCUAAAUAUGGCAUCUUAUAUAAACUAUUAUAAAGGGGUGAUAAUUACUAGUCUAUUAUGAUUUUUGAUACUUUUCAAACACUAUAGUCUAUCUAACAAAAAUUUAAACACCUGAUGCUGUAUACCUUUCAAAUUAUUACUUUAUCAAUACAUUGAUUUGUUAU